UCAUUUCAAUUCGUUUGCUUGACGUUCACAGUAUCCGCUUAGCACAUAGGACUCUCGAAUAACUUUCGCAAUAGAUAAAUCCAAAUUCUCCGUGUGGUUUCUCCCCGAAUGCACUAAAUUGGCCUGUGUUUUCACAUUUUUAUGACGUUAAAAUUCUCAGUGCAAGACAAAAACUACCAUUAGCAACGAAAAGCAACACAGAAAAUCAUCACCACCAAUAAGCAAAUAGGCAUCAACAACAAGUCGCUUCAAAAUACUAACUGGAAAUCGGACAAACUUCUCUCGACGAUAUUGGCAAAAUGUUGUUAAAAGUGCCAUCUGUGGACUGGACGGAUCAAAUCAUCUACGUGGUGGACGACGACGAGUCGCUGUCAGAUUUCGACGAUGAGCCAGAUUUCUCGGAAUACAUGUGGAUGGAGAACGAGGAGGAGUUUGACAAGAAUGAGCUGCAGCGGCUGGAAGAGGAGGAGAUCAUGCAGGAGUGUUUCGAGGCCAUGAUCGAGGAUGAGCUGGAAGAACAGAUCAACGAAUGGGAGAAGGCCAAAACGGAAGAACAGAACACAGCUCUUUCCGCACUGCCCAAAAGUCAGUGUAAUGUGGAAAAGUCUGUUCUGAACCCCAUGGCCGAUGAGUUUAUUCCACGAAGUCAUAUUAUGGAGUUCCCUGCCUCAUAAAGCCAGCUCAUUCUCAUCCCCUGCCCGCCUGCCACAGAAUCACAAACCAUCCCGCCCCAUAACACGUGGACCUCAUACGCGAAAAUCCUAAGAAAAACUGAAGAAAUCAAGUUCCACUAAUGAGAUUGAGAUUGAAAUAUCCUGACCAAGUUGAGACACAAUACACGGUUAUCUAAUUUCUAGAUACGAAAAGAAAAAGCUGGAUAAAAACUCAACUCAAGUGCUGGCCGAAAUGCAAACGAAUCGUAUUUUACAAAAAACCAUUAUAAAAACGACAAAAUAUCAAACGGAAAUAUAUACAAAAAAAAAAAAAACAAAAAGUUUAAACGAGGGAAACCAACAAAAAAAAAAUAAUACAAACUAAGAACAGACAAAUAACAAUUAACAACUAUGCCACGUACAUCAACCAGUACAUCGUAAUUAGAGUUAAAACACCAAUUGUAUGCCGAGGAACGCGGAGCCGGAGCCCCUGAAAUUCCAAAACCAAACGCAAAAUGUUACCGAAACAAAUGCAGACGCAGGCGCUUGCUGAAGCUAGUGAAAGAAUACUUUGGUAUUAACGUACAAAACGAAAACAAAUGACUUUUUACAUGCGAUUUCUAUCGAACUAUAAACUAUAACUGCAACUAAACUAAGCCAAUUUUCCAGCUAAAGCAACAAACAAGACUCGAGAUUGUGUUAGAAAAGCGAGAAACGAACAGAAUGUUAAAUUGAAAUUGUAUUCAAAGACUUUAAUUGUAAUUUAAAUCGUAUUUAAUUUAGCGUCGUCCCGCCCCACUGUCUACACUCGUUUUAAGUUGACCUUCCUUGGAAUAGUGCUUUUCCUUUUCCUUUUUUUGUAUUUUAAAUAAUUUUGCACCAUUGUUAACUCGUUGUACGUUCUACGCCUAAGUAACAAGAAGCGCUAGUUGACUAACACCAUACCCCCUUCUGACUCUCGCAAUACUCGUAAUUUACAAUUAUAAUUUAGACUACCAAACCGAAUUGAGAUACUAAUGUUCAACGUCUCCCUAUACAAAACAAAGAGCAUGCAAAAAGAUGUACAUUUAGUAUUAAUUACAAACUUAACGAAAGGAAACACCAAUUCUGCAAUAACUUGUUAGUCUCUAAUUUUAAGCGAAAAUAAACUUAUUCGUUUGGAAUGCACAAAGGCCUCCAUUAACCCGAUUUUGUUAACGUUUAAAAUUCCAAAAUUCGGCACAUGUAGACAAAGAUUAAUAAUAUUUUUUGCAAUCAGCUUAGAUUUAGUAACUUAAGACAGCAUUAAAAGAUCUACUACAUUACUUACGUUACGUGUGAUAUAAAGAUAAAAACAAACAAAAAAAAAAUAUCAAAAACGAUUUUAAAAAUCUCAAUAAAAAGGAGUAUUAUAGCAUAAAA